ACUGCAUCCCAGGGGCUCAUUGCUCUCAUAUUUGAUUUGCUUUCCUGUUGCCCUUUCGUUCUCUUAUGCUCCAAUAAUUAAUGCUUGUUAUGUUUUUGUCUCAAUGCUGUUGGUUUGAGGAUCCCAUGAUCGGGGAUUCGGAGAUCAUGGGGAAUGUCCAGAAAAAAGGAAUCACAUCUGGCAGUUUUGCUGAACUUGCUAGGAAACAUGUCGACAUUGAAGCAUUCAAGGCUCAACAUAGCUCUUUAGAGCAAUUUACAAACUGUGUGAUCCAAACGACUUCAACAGAAGAGUUGUAUAUGAUUCUGUCCUACUCUAGGAAGACGGUCAAUCAGGGCAGAGACAUGCUUUUGAUAUUGGAUGUUGCCCGCUACAAGUACCCUUUUCAUUGGUUGCCGCGGAUGACGGUUUGGGAUGCCAUGAACAAAAUCGACAAAGAAACCGAUGAAACACGAGGGAAACAUGUCGACAUUGAAGCAUUCAAGACUCAACAUAGCUCUUUAGAGCAAUUUACAAACUGUGUGAUCCAAACGACUUCAACAGAAGAGUUGUAUAUGAUUCUGUCCUACUCUAGGAAGACGGUCAAUCAGACGGGUGAUGUUCAUUUUUCACCAAUGGCUGCAUAUCACAAGGGCAGAGACAUGCUUUUGAUAUUGGAUGUUGCCCGCUACAAGUACCCUUUUCAUUGGUUGCCGCGGAUGACGGUUUGGGAUGUCAUGAACGAAAUCGACAAAGAAACCGAUGAAACACGGGGGUUUAUGAUGGUGAGGAAGAAAAUCUCAUGAGCCAUAGUCCAGAAAAAAGGAAUCACAUUUGACGGUUUUGUUGAACUUGUUAGGAAACAUGUCGACAUUGAAGCAUUCAAGACUCAACAUAGCUCUUUAGAGCAAUUUACAAACUGUGUGAUCCAAACGACUUCAACAGAAGAGUUGUAUAUGAUUCUGUCCUACUCUAGGAAGACGGUCAAUCAGACGGGUGAUGGUCAUUUUUCACCAAUGGCUGCAUAUCACAAGGGCAGAGACAUGCUUUUGAUAUUGGAUGUUGCCCGCUACAAGUACCCUUUUCAUUGGUUGCCGCGGAUGACGGUUUGGGAUGUCAUGAACGAAAUCGACAAAGAAACCGAUGAAACACGGGGGUUUAUGAUGGUGAGGAAGAAAAUCUCAUGAGCCAUAGCCAUGCAGAGGUUGAUGAAAAGUUUAGAAGUAGAUACUAGAUAUAUAUAUAUAUAUAUAUAUACCAGCCGUGCUAUCCACGAGAUAAUU